UGGCAUUCGAAGAGUAAUACCGCUUAUUUAAUGUUAGAACACUAUGAGCAACAGUGUGAGAUUGGCUUUUCUAGCAUUUUUAUUCACUUCCCAUACAAGUGAAUGUGUCAUCUUUAAAAUGACCAAUGUGGUGUGUGGCAGCUACAACAGAUCUUGGGUGCGCAUCAAUCAGUGCCGCUUGAAGGCGGUAAGCCGACACAAAAUCGUUCUGAACUUCAAUGCAACCUUUAUCCAUCCGACAAACGAUAUCGUGGUAAGAAUGCAGCUCUUCAAGAGGGACAAUGGCUAUAAGCCAUGGCUCGUCAACGUACAAUUGGAUGGUUGUCGCUUCUUAAGGAGUCCCUAUGAUCCCAUCGGCGUAAUGAUUUAUAGCUUCUACAAAGACUUUUCAAACAUAAAUCACACUUGCCCGCUGCAUGGUGAUAUUCUUAUUAGAAACAUGUACCUGCAAACGGUUACUCUGGGACGAUUUCCAUUGCCCACCGGCGACUAUUUACUGGCAAUGACUUAUAAAUUCUUUAAGAAGCCACAGUUAGUGACUAACAUUAGUUUCCAAUACGUUGAGAACCUGAUCUGAUCUAUUGUUUUUAGUUUUA